AUGUCAGAAUUUUUUGAUUUAAAUCCACUUGAUAAGACUGGCAAGCCAUAUCCUUUCUCAGAAUUGAAAGGCAAGGUCACCUUAAUCAUAAAUACGGCCUCCAAGUGCGGGUUUACUUCUCAGUAUGGCCAGCUAGAGGAGUUAAACAAGAAAUUCGAAGGUAAAGACGUACAACUUUUAGCGUUCCCGUGCAAUCAGUUUGGAAAUCAAGAGCCAGGAUCAAAUGAAGAAAUUGGUGAAUUUUGUCAACUUAAUUACGGUGUUACUUUCCCAGUAUUAGGAAAAAUUGAUGUUAAUGGAGAUAAAGCAGAUCCUGUUUACAAAUAUUUAAAAUCCCAAAAAUCAGGUUUAUUGGGUUUAAAUAGAAUCAAAUGGAAUUUUGAAAAAUUUUUAAUUGAUAAAAAUGGUAAUGUUGUUGAAAGAUAUAGUUCUUUGACUAAACCACUUGAUAUUGCUCCAAAAAUUGAAGAAUUAUUAAAAAAGUAG